AAGAGGAAAUUACGUAAAUCAAAAAAAGGAGAAAAGACCAAGGAACUGUGUAACGCCCAUGUCUUCAGUUAUCAGAAGCCUGAGAGAGUGCGCACAGGAAGCGCGGCGCUGCUGAGUGAGCAGUGUUGGACUGGCUCUCUGUGAAACCCGCUGGUGAGGAUGGCUGUGAUCAGACCCCUCCAUCUGGUGGUCCUCUGGACAUCAGUGUUCUUUUCUAUGGCCUUUAACAUAGACAUGGAAGGACCCAAGAUUUAUAAUGGAUCAGGAUCCCGUGAAGACUUCUUUGGAUACAAGGCGUUGCAGUACCAGUCUGAAGGAGAGAAAGGGAUUGUUGUCAGUGCACCACUUCAAAACAAUGGAACUGGUGGGGUCUUCCUGUGUAAUGACACAAGUCCACACUGCCAUCCCAUUCCACUACCGAGGGCAGCAGAGGCCGAUUCUGAAGAUUUUAUCAAGGCAGUUGGAAUGUCGGUCGGUGUCAGAGCAAAACCAACCGUCCAGUUUACUGCCUGCAGUCCUUCAUGGAGUCAUGAGUGUGAUGGGACCCCCUAUCUCAACAGCAUCUGUUAUCAGUGGAGCAGCAGAGGCCAGGUCUCUAACAUCACCUCAGCAUUUAAAGAGUGCACAAAGCAAAAAGUGGACCUAGUAUUCCUCUUUGACGGGUCCAGUAGCAUGAAGAAAGAGGAUUUCACAAAAAAUAAAGAGUUCAUCAAGACCAUCAUGAAUAAGAUGCAGAACACAUCAAUUCAAUUUGCAGCAGUUCAGUUCUCUUUAAAUUUCAAGACAGUUUUCACAUUUAAAGACUUCCAGGACAAGAAAGCCCUGAAAAAACUGGACGAUGAACCACAUAUGAAAAAUCUGACAAACACACACCGGGCCUUGAACUUCACUCUGUUUAAUCUAUUUGACAAACAAGAGAGUGGUAGACACCCAGAUGCAAUAAAGGCAGUGGUCAUCAUCACUGAUGGCAAUCCUUCAGACACUAACAAAAUGGGAGGAUACAUUUUAGAAAAAUAUGAAGCCCGACACAUCAUCCGAUUUGUCAUUGCGGUUGGAAAAGUGGACAUGAAAAAACUCGAAAAAUUGGCAUCAGAGCCCAAAUCCAAUAAUUCCUUCUACAUUCAGGAUUAUGCUGGGCUGAAUGGUCUUCUGACAAACUUGCAAACAAAGAUCUUCAACAUAGAAGGCUCUAAACAGGACCUGGCUCAGACAUGGGAAAAAGAACUUUCACAGAGUGGAAUGAGUGCUGAGUUUACUGAGGACACAUUGAUUCUAGGAUCAGUAGGAUCCAAUAACUGGAAAGGAUCUCUUUAUCAGAUUAAGGAUAAGAAUUCACCUGAGAUAGAAAUUCAAGACCCAGACAUGAAGACUGAUUCUUAUAUGGGCUACUCUGUUUCUGUUGGAAAGAAGAAUGGCGUUCCUUUGUACUUUACGGGUGCUCCCAGAUACAAACACAGGGGACAGGUCAUUGUCUUCAGCAACAUUGGAGGUCAAUGGAACGUCACAAAAAGAGUUGACAGUGAGCAGCUCGGAUCUUAUUUUGGGGCGGAGCUGUGUGCUGUUGACAUUGACUCUGAUGGCACCACUGACUUCCUGAUGGUCGGGGCUCCCCUCUAUUAUGAGCCUCAGAGAGAGGGCCGCAUGUAUGUGUAUGCCCUUACGGAAGAGACCAAUCUGGAGAAGAUGCAGAACAUUUCAGAGUCGUCUCAGGGCAGGUUUGCCUCCUCCAUGGCCUCCCUCAGGGACCUCAAUGGUGAUGGGCUCCAAGACCUGGCAGUGGGAGCCCCACUGGAGGACAACCAGAGAGGAGCCGUCUAUAUAUACCUCGGAGACAAAACUACGGGAAUUCGCCAAGAGUAUAGUCAGCGCAUCAGAGCGAAAAUGCUGUCAGAAGGUUUGCAGCAGUUUGGGGUGGCCAUUGAUGGGAAAUCUGACGUGAAUGGCCUGACGGAAAUUGCAGUGGGUGCUCGUGGACAGGUGGUUCUGCUAAAGUCCAAGCCCAUCUUUAGCGUGUCGCCGCACCUCUCAUUCAGCCCCUCAGAGAUCAGCAUCCAGCAGUUUGACUGCGCCGAGCACAAGGAGGAUUUCCCUGUGUUCUACGUGACCAUCUGCUUCAAGAUGAGCGAGCAAACCAGAAGCACAAACGAUGCACUGAGCAAAGGGAUUCAGUUGGACUAUGACCUGGUUGUUGAUUCCCAAAGAAAAAACAGCCGAGGUUUCCUUGCUGCAAAAAAUGUCACUUUGAGAAGUGUUCAGUCAAGGCUUCAUCUAAAUAAGAAUAAAACUUGCCAAAAUCACACCAUCUAUAUGCAAAGCUGUGUAAUGGACACACUGUCUCCUGUCGUGCUCAAAGUGAACUUCUCCCAAGCUGAGAGCCAGCAGUCUUAUGGGAUUUUAAAUGUUGACAGCAAGAAAUUGGCCAUGGUGGAGGUGCCCUUUGAAAAAUCAUGUGGACACAAUGACACAUGUGUGGCAAAGCUAAAAAUGGACUUCAACUUCACCUCCACAGAACUGGUGUUGUUUACUGAUCAGGAGUAUUUACAUGUGAGAGUGGAACUGGCAAAUGAGGGUGAUGAUUCUUAUAACACCAGCCUCCUUUUCAAGUAUCCAGAAGGCCUGUCUCACUCAAAGUUAACACCUAUCAAGCAAAACAAGAGAGCGCUGACUCGAUGUACAGGAGACCAAGACAAAACUGACCUUACCAUCUGCAGUGUGAGUCUUCCUGUCUUCCGCAGUGAAAGUUGGGCCAUAUUCAAUGAGUCCUUUUACAUCACCCCCAGUCUAGAUUGGAAUGAUUUCUUUGCAGUUACCAUCACUGCACACAGUGACAAUGGGGGGGACUAUCCUGUAACAAAGACUCUUCCUGUACGUUUUGCUGUCAACCUGAAUGUGAAGUUCUGGGACACCCGCGAGGCCUCAUACCUUGAUUACUCAUUAGAAGACAAAGGACCCAAAACACUUAGACAUAUGUAUCAGGUAGCCAACAUGGGAAGGGUGCCUCUGCCGGUCACAGUAAAUUUUACCUUUCCAACAAAACCUGAGAACCACUUUGAAAUCCGUGAUUACAGAAUUUCACACGACAAGGGUAAUGAAACAAUCCAGUGUGAUGACCCUGAGGAUACAAGUACUCCGAACUGUACAGACUGCAAGAUGGUGAGGUGUUUCAUUCCCAUAUUAAAGAUCUCUGACAAGGUCAAGUUCACACUGACCGUGGAUGCUGUCUACAACCUCAGUCCAAAUGAAUAUACAUUCUCUGAAAAGAGAUAUAAGGUGGAAUACAAAAGUUCUGCGCAGAUCAGCUAUAAUGAAACACGUUAUGUGCAGACUGGAAAUGACCAAACUGAUACUGGAGCAGUUCCAGACUUCCCUUGGAAUCAGGGCGUAACCAAAGUUGAGUUCAUUGUCCCAAUCCACCAACCUCUGAUCAUAGGUUUAGCAAGUAGCGGAGGACUGCUGCUGCUCAUCAUCAUUGCUGUAGCUCUAUACAAGUGUGGAUUUUUCAAGCGUAAAAAAUUCGGCGAAGAGAACGAUAUUUACUGCAACAAGGAGAUGACUCCAGAAGACCCCGAGGAGGCGGCACAACAGCCGCUUGAGGCCAAGCCUCUCGUGAACGAGGCUCCCACAGAAAAUGGCUCCCCUGCUAGUCCCGACUCGGAGGAAGCAGAGAAAGUAGAUGCUGAGUGUGAACAGUGAAGUCAUCUCCUGCUUCUCAAAAGUACUGCCUUGCACUCUAUGACUGAAAAUUCUAAAUAUGUAUAAUCCUGCCUGCUGUACAGUAAAUGCUGAAAGUAGUAGUGGUCAUCAUUUUAGCGUAAUAAUUUUUAACUUAAUUGCAUGAUUUGAGCUCAGCGGUCAUAGCCUGCAUGUGUCUUCCAUUACUUAGAUACCAGUGGGUCACAAAAUUCAUCACCAUUUUCACAUUUAAAAUAUAAACAUUUAUAUUUGAUAUGUUUGGUAUGUCCAAAAAUAUUCCUGCUCUCUCUUUGGACAUAAAAAUCACUCUGUCUAAGGGUCAUCUGCCAGGUUGUGAAAUAACAUAAGAUCUGAAGACUAAAGAGACAAGAGAGUGAUUCAAACAAUAAAGAAAAUAUAGGAAUAUAUUCCUUUAACUACUGGGAAAAUAUUCCAAAUGAUUGCCUCGGCCCAAUUGAACAGCAUUGGACUCACAUAAAGAAAGUGAAUUUCAUUAGGUCACACAGAUGGUCUAUAGAAAAGGUUGACCCGUAUCAGAGGAAGAUACUAACUAGAGAGAAGCCACCACACUCAAGCCAUUACCCCAAAAAAUCUACAGAGUCCAGUUAUGGUGAAGUAGACCAUAAUCAUAAGAGCUAUCUAUAAAACUGGACUCCAUUGGGAA